AUGACUUCAAUAAAUACAACCCAAUUUCAUCCCUAUUCUUUUUUCCUUCUGGGGAUCCCUGGCUUAGAAUAUACACAUAUAUGGAUUGGCUUCCCUUUUUUUGCUGUGUACCUGACAGCCUUACUUGGCAAUAUUAGCAUUCUCUCUGUGAUUUAUACAGAAAGUAGCCUUCAUCAACCUAUGUUCUACUUCCUGGCCAUUUUGUCAUCGAUUGACCUGGGCCUAUCCACAUCCACCAUUCCAAAGAUGCUUGGUAUCUUCUGGUUUAAUCUGCGAGAAAUUUCCUUUGAGGGAUGUCUUAUCCAGAUGUUCUUCAUCCACCUCUGCACUGGCAUGGAGUCAGCUGUGCUUGUGGCCAUGGCCUAUGAUCGAUAUGUGGCUAUCUGUAAUCCUCUUCAUUACACACUGGUGCUGACAAACAAGGUGGUCUGCCUCAUAGCACUGGUAAUCCUACUGAGACCUUUAGCCUUUGCCAUACCCUUUGUUAUGUUGAUUCUCCGGUUACCAUUUUGUGGACAUCAAAUUAUCCCUCAUACUUAUUGUGAACACAUGGGUAUUGCCCGGUUGUCCUGUGCCAGCAUCAAGGUCAACAUUAUCUAUGGCUUAUGUGCAAUAUCUAUCCUGGUAUUUGACAUCAUAGCUAUCAUCAUUUCCUACGUCAAGAUCCUCAGUGCUGUUUUUCGUCUCCCCUCCCAUGAAGCCCGACUCAAAGCCCUCAGUACCUGUGGUUCUCAUGUGUGUGUCAUGUUAGCUUUCUACACUCCUGCAUUUUUUUCAUUCAUGACCCACAGGUUUGGCAAGAAUAUUCCACGCUACAUUCACAUCCUUCUGGCUAAUUUGUAUGUUGUUGUCCCCCCUGCUCUCAACCCUGUGAUAUAUGGUGUAAGGACUAAACAGAUUAGAGAACAGGUGCUCAAAGUGUUUUCCAAGAAAAAAGUAUAG